UCACAUCCGCCGGCCGCGGCGCCUCAGAUGGAUCGGGGGUCGGGAGGCGGUGAGACGUGGCCGGGCAGUCAUCCCGGAUCAGGCGAAAUGCUCGACGUGAGCGAGGAGAGCGGCAGCGAGUGGAGACGGCGGCGGAGACGGGAGGAGGCGCUGGGCUUCAGGCCGCAGAAGGAGAUCCUGUACAACCAGCUGCUGCCGUACGCGGAGCGUCUGGACCGGGAGUCCAACUACAUCCUGGGCCAGAUCAAAGGCAACCUGGGCCGGGCCGUGCAGCUCCGGGAACUCUGGCCUGGAGUUUUAUUCUGGACAAGAAAGCUGUCAACAUAUAUCCGAUUAUAUGGAAGAAAAUUCAGUAAAGAAGAUCACGUUCUAUUUGUUAAGCAGGUGUAUGAAUUGGUUGUCAUGCCUAAACUUGAAAUUAGCAUGAUGCAAGGAUUCACACGAUUGUUAAUCAGUUUACUCAAAAAAAAAGAACUCUUAUCAAGAGAAGACUUGCAGCUGCCAUGGAGACCAUUGUAUGAAAUGAUGGAAAGAAUUUUGUACUCAAAGACAGAACACCUUGGACUAAAUUGGUUUCCAAACUCCAUAGAAAAUGUAUUGAAGACACUGGUGAAGUGCUGUCGACCGUAUUUUCCAAAUGAAGCUACAGCAGAGAUGUUAGAUGAAUGGAAGCCAUUGAUGUGUCCUUUUGAUGUUACUAUGCAGAAAGCAGUCAGCUAUUUUGAAAUGUUUCUUCCUACCACGCUCCCCCCUCAUCUGCAUCAUAAAGGAUUCAGGCUUUGGUUUGAUGAAUUAAUACACCUUUACAUCACUGUUCAAAACCUCCCUCAAUGGGAAGGGAAUCUGGUAAACCUGUUUGCACGCUUGGCUAUGGAUAACAUUGGGUACAUAGAUUGGGAUGAAUACAUUCCAAAGAUUUUCACCAGAUUUUUGAGAAGCUUAAAUCUGCCAGUAGGAAGUAGCCAAGUUUUAAUUUCCAAAUAUUUGUCAAGUGCUUAUGAUAUUGGCCAUGUGGUGGUUUGGAUCACUUCCAUGCUGGGUGGUCCCAGUAAAUUAGCACAGAAGCAUUUGAAUGGAUUUUUUAACAGCAUUGCAUCCUUCUAUCAUCCUUCUAAUAAUGGGAGAUGGUUGAUGAAACUAAUGAAAUUGUUACAACGCUUGCCUGCUAGUGUUGUGAGAAGAUUGCACAGAGAGCGGUACAAAAAGGAAAGUUGGCUAAAUGUUGUACCAGAUAGCCACAAACUGACAGAGCAGGACAUUACUGAUUUUGUGGAAAGCAUCAAGCAACCUGUAUUGCUUGCUAUGUUCAGUAAGACUGGAAGUCUGGAGGCUGCUCAGGCCCUUCAAAAUUUGGCUUUGAUGCGGCCAGAGCUGGUCAUCCCACCUGUACUUGAAAAAACAUAUCCUGCAUUGCAAACUUUAACAGAACCUCACCAACUCACAGCGACCCUAAGCUGUGUAAUAGGAGUUGCUCGCAGUCUGGUUUCUGGAGGAAAAUGGUUCCCUGAAGGCCCAACACACAUGCUACCUCUAUUAAUGAGAGCCCUACCCGGAGUGGACCCAAAUGAUUUCAGCAAGUGCAUGAUCACAUUCCAAUUUAUAGCUACAUUUUCUACUCUUGUGCCUUUGGUGGACUGUUCGUCAGUUUUGCAAGAGAGAAAUGAUCUUUCAGAGGUAGAGAGGGAGCUUUGCUCAGCCACAGCUGAAUUUGAAGAUUUUGUUCUUCAAUUUAUGGACAGAUGUUUUGCUUUGAUUGAAAUUAGUACACUGGAACAAACAAGAGAAGAGACAGAAACUGAGAAGAUGACUCAUUUGGAAAGCUUGGUGGAAUUGGGACUCUCUUCAACUUUUAGUACAGUUCUCACACAGUGCUCCAAAGAGAUUUUUCUGGUUGCUUUGGAUAAGGUGUUUAACUUUGCUACAACCAAUAUUUUUGAAACCCGUGUUGCUGGCAGAAUGGUGGCAGACAUGUGUCGGGCAGCUUCUAAGUGUCGUCCUGCAGCUGCUCUAAAGCGAUUUGUACCACACUGCUGUAAUGUAAUAGCCCAACUAACCAUCAAUGAUGAUGUGUUCCAGGAACAGGAGUUAGAUAAGGAACUGCUUUGGAAUCUCCAACUGUUAUCAGAGAUAACACGUGUAGAUGGUGAUAAGUUGCUACCUUACAAGGACCAACUUAUAAAGAUUCUGCAAAGAACACUGCACCUGAAAUGUAAGCAGGGAUAUAUUCUCGCUGGAAACCUGUUGCAUCAUCUACUUCGUUCAACUACACUAAUCUAUCCGACAGAGUACUGCAGUGUGCCAGGUGGUUUUGAUAAAGCUUUCACAGAGUACUUGCCAAUUAAGGAUUGGGGAAGACCUGGAGACCUGUGGAAGUUAGGAAUUCAGUGGCAUGUGGCUUCUCCCGAGGAGAUCAACUUUGCAUACUAUUUGUUGGACAACUUUCUUCAGCCAGAGCUGCGCAAGCUGCAGCAAUAUGCCGGUGGCGAUAUAGAAAUGUCAAGAGAUGAUGUACAUCAGAGUUUGUGUAUCGUGCAGAACUGCCUGAUGGGCUCAGGGAGCCUGUUGCCUUUCUUGGGAGGAGACCCCAUUCGUGGCUUGGCUCCAACUUUGAUGUCUUUGGAAGAGACCAAACUCUGCACUGGUAUUAACUAUGAUACUUCAAGAGAAAACUACAGGGAGAUAAUUGCCCAAGUAAUAAGAAAACUAUUACACUACAUGUUAGAUAACUCUGAAGAUGACACUAAGUCUUUAUUUGUAAUAAUUAAGAUCAUGGGAGAUUUGCUGCAGUUUCGUGGUUCUUAUAAGCAUGAGUUUGACUCUAGGUGGAAAAGCUUUAACCUUGUGAAAAAAUCCAUGGAGAACAGGCUGCAUGGAAAGAAACAGCAUAUCCGAGCACUGCUGAUUGAUCGAGUUAUGCUGCAACACGAGCUGCGAACUUUGACUGUUGAAGGCUGUGAAUACAAAACAAUACACAGUGACCUGAUGCGAGAUCUCCUGCUAUUGUCAACCAGCACAUACAGUCAGGUGCGUAGUAAAGCCCAGCAAGUUUUCUUCACAGCCUUGGGGACUUACAAUUUUUGCUGUCGAGAUCUUAUUCCACUGGUGCUGGAAUACUUGCAUCCUGACAGACAGAAUAUAAGUCAACAACAAUUGAAAGGUGCUUUGUACUGUCUUCUUGGUAAUCACAAUGGAGUCUGCCUGGCCAAUCUUCAUGACUGGGACUGCAUUGUUGCUACAUGGCCAGCAAUAGUCUCCUCAGGACUCAGCAAAGCAAUGUUUUUGGAGAAGCCUUCCAUAGUACGUUUAUUUGAUGACCUUGCAGAGAAGAUACAUCGACAGUAUGAAACCAUCGGCCUAGAUUUUGGAAUUUCAGAUCGUUGCGUGGAAAUAGCUGCAUCCUUGUCCCAGGCAAAUAACCCAAGUUCUAUAAUGCCUCUUCUCACUGCUGAAGAGAUUGAAAAUGGAAUUCAGAACCAAGUAGCAAGAAAUAAUGAGUCCUUAAGGAAUUAUAAGAAGCUAAUAGAUACCUUACUGGACUUGCUUGACCAGCGGAACUUACCAUGGAAAUUUGAACAAAUAGCCAUUGGUUUCCUCUCCCUGUUACUGAGAGAUGAUGUCCCACUACCUACAAGAGGAAUCAAGUUCUUUAUUCAGAGUCUUAAUCAUGAUGCUUUAGUAGUCCGGAAGAUGGCAAUAUCUGCUGUGGCUGGCAUCAUGAAGCAGCUGAAGAGACCUCACAGAAAAAUAGAGAUUGAUCCAUACACUGUUUAUGGCUCUCGUCCAGCAAUAACCCAGCCAGGAGACAGGCCUGAUAACAAGUGGCUUCAUUACGAUAGCUCCAAUUUGCCAAGGACUAAGGAUGAAUGGGAAGCCUGCUUAUUUGUGGAAAAGACACACUGGGGGUACUAUACAUGGCCUCAGAAGCUGCUUGUUUAUGCCCCAGUGGAUCAACAACCUAAACUAGGAAGAAGUCAAAGCGAAAUGUCAGAGGCAGAACAAGUAAUUUAUGACCAUUUCUCUGACCCACAAUUUAUGGAGCAAUUGAUUAAAUUCUUAUCCUUGGAAGACCGAAAAGGGAAGGACAAAUUUAAUCCACGCAGAUUUUGUCUGUUCAAGGGUUUGUUCAGAAACUUUGAUAUGGCCUUUUUAUCAGUGUUAAAGCCACAUAUGGAACGUCUUGUCUCAGAUUCUCAUGAAAGUGCACAGCGGUGUGUCGCUGAAAUCAUUGCUGGACUAAUCCGAGGUUGUAAACACUGGGGGUAUGAAGAGGUGGAACAGCUAUGGAAAAUUCUCUGUCCGUUUUUGAGAACUGCCUUGUCCAACAUCACAGUAGAGACCUACAGUGACUGGGGAACAUGCAUUGCCACGGCUUGUGAGAGUAGGGACCCUCGUAAACUUCAUUGGCUAUUUGAAUUGUUAAUGGAAGCCCCAUUGAGUGGAGAAGGAGGAUCAUUUGCAGAUGCUUGCCGACUCUACGUUUUGCAGGGUGGUUUGGCGCAGCAAGAAUGGAGAGUGCCUGAACUAAUGCAUAGGCUCCUUCAAUAUCUUGAGCCGAAACUCACUCAAGUUUAUAAAAACGUGCGAGAAAGAAUCGGAAGCGUUUUAACGUAUUUAUUUAUGAUCGACAUCACUUUACCAAAUUCAAAUCCAACUCUGUCACCACACGUAUCUGAAUUCACCAGUCGUAUCUUAGAGCAACUUAAGCCCCUUAUAGAAAUUGACGAAGAAAUUCAAAAUCACGUUGUUGAAGAAAAUGGUUUUGGGGAGCAGGAUGAAAGGACACAAGCCAUUAAACUUCUGAAAACAGUGCUGAAAUGGUUAAUGGCAAGCGCAGGAAGGUCAUUCUCUACGGCAGUUGCAGAGCAGCUCCAACUCAUGCCGCUUUUAUUCAAGAUUGCUCCUGUGGAAAAUGAUGAGAACUAUGAUGAACUUAAAAGGGAUGCAAAAAUGUGUUUAUCACUUAUGUCUCAGGGAUUGUUGUAUCCUGAACAAGUGAUCAUGGUGCUAGAUGUUAUAAAACAGAUAUCAGAGAGCAGUUCUUGGCAUACAAAGUACACUGUCCUAACCUACCUUCAAACCAUGGUAUUCUACAAUUUGUUUGUUUUUUUGGACAAUGAACAGGCAGUCAAAGAUGUGAGAUGGCUGGUUAUAAAACUCUUGGAAGAUGAACAGUUAGAGACCAGAGAAAUGGCUGCCACCACCCUGAGUGGUCUGUUACAGUGCAACUUCCUGACCAUGGAUUCCUCCAUGCAGAGUCAUUUUGAACAGCUCUGCAAGACCAGACUUCCGAAGAAGAGAAAGAGAGACCCAGGCAUAGCAGUGGAUACAAUUCCUCCAGCAGAUUUGGUUCGUCGACAUGCUGGAGUAUUGGGACUAAGUGCCUGCAUUUUAUCAAGCCCGUAUGAAGUGCCAACUUGGAUGCCACAACUUCUGAUGAACCUCAGUGUUCACCUUAAUGAUCCACAACCUAUCGAGAUGACAGUGAAGAAAACUUUAUCCAAUUUUCGAAGAACUCACCACGAUAACUGGCAAGAACACAAGCAGCAAUUCACAGAUGAUCAGUUGGUGAUUCUUGCAGAUCUCCUUGUGUCACCAUGUUAUUAUGCCUGAGAAGAUAGUAGUUCUGUUGACACAGAUGGAAAGGAGUCUUGGUGCUACUGUUAAUGAACUAAGGAGAACAUUUGUUUUGUACAUACGCCUGAGAAUCCCUUUAGCCGUAUCAAUCUUCUGAAGACCCAAGAAGCUGCAAAUAUAAUCUUUUUGUUCCCUUAAAGACACGGAUCUUUUUCAGUCCAAAUACAUACAAAUUUACAGAACAGCAGAAAAUGUGUACGUAUGUAAAUGUUUAGUAGAUUUUCACUAAUAUAUAGACAGUUUUUUUGCUUACUUACAAAAACAUUGUAAUUAAACAAAAGUCAUUCUGCUGAAUUUGUAAAAUUCUUGUACAGUUUUGGCUCAACUUCCUCAAUUUCUUGACUGCUCUUAUGACAGCUCCAGUGGCUAUUUCAUAACUUAUAUGUAGAGCUGUAAGAAAUGUAAAAACUGUAGAAACAGGAGAUGAGCUAAUACAUUUGUACAAAAUGUAAUCUUUAAAGACAUAGUCUUGUGAUCUUGAGAUUCAUUUGUAGAAUGGUGUAAACUUAAUAGUGGUUUUGUCUUCAAGUCAUGUGCUUUACUCAUAGUUAUAUGGUUUAUGCUUUCGAGAAAAUGUUUUAGCCCCAGCUUUGCUAAACUUGAGAGGGUUUAUUGUGCUGUCGGUCUUGGUGUGUUUAAAUAAUUUUAAUGUGUAUCAAUAUUUUCUGUUUUUUUUAUCCAAUUUGUUUUUACCUAUAUUUGCUUUUUUCAGCUAGUAAACAUUGGUUACAUAUGAUGUGUGGAGGCAUUACAUGUAUCCUUUGGAUGAUUAGCUUUAUGAUAAACUAUGGGUAAAAUGUCAGAUCAUAUUAUUGUGCAGUUGCUCAUUAUAACAUGUCAAAGACUUAACCACUAUAUAGGAUAGUGCUGAAAAGAAGUGGUUUUUGAUGUACUAUUUG